GUUGAAGCUGACCGCCAACAAAAACUGCUCACUUGCACCAUGGGCAGCAAUUCGUCAUCUGUCCCCUUGGAAAUUUUGAACUUAAGGUCCCACCAAUGCUUACUUACUGGCUGGCCUUGGGUUUUGGUAAUCGUGCCACCAGUAUCCCAGUGACUGCAUUGUGUACCAUCUCCAGUUUCUAGACCAUUUUGAAAGGUGUAACCAAGAAGACAUCUUUAUCUAUGCAUCAACUGGAUCAUCAGCAUCAGAAAACUUAAUCAAAAUGAGAUUAAAGAUUUCUCUUUUAAAGGAACCAAAACAUAAAGAAUUAGUUAGUUGUGUAGGUUGGACAACAGCAGAUGAACUCUAUUCAUGCAGCGAUGACCACCAGAUUAUAAAAUGGAACUUAUUGAAUGGUGAAACAACACAAGUAGUGAAGCUUCCUGAUGACAUCUACCCCAUAGAUCUUCACUGGUUUCCCAGAAGUUUAGGUGGAAAAAGACAAACCCAGGCUGAGAGUUUUGUACUCACAAGUUCUGAUGGCAAGUUCCAUUUGAUUUCCAAGACUGGAAGAGUUGAAAAAAGUGUAGAAGCCCACUGUGGAGCUGUACUUGCAGGACGAUGGAAUAAUGAAGGAACAGCGCUUGUUACAGUUGGUGAAGAUGGACAAAUAAAAAUAUGGUCCAAGAGUGGAAUGUUGAGAUCAACUUUGGUACAACAAGGAACACCAAUAUAUUCUGUAGCAUGGGGCCCAGAUUCUGAAAAGAUUCUAUAUACCACAGGGAAGCAGCUUAUUAUUAAACCACUACAGCCAAAUGCUAAAGUUCUGCAGUGGAAAGCCCAUGAUGGAAUUAUUCUAAAAGUUGACUGGAAUUCUGUUAAUGAUCUUGUUCUAUCAGCUGGUGAAGACUGUAAAUACAAGGUGUGGGAUAGCUAUGGCCGUCUGCUGUAUAGCUCUCAAUCACAUGAGUAUCCUAUCACGUCUGUUGCUUGGUCUCUGGAUGGAGAGUUAUUUGCAGUGGGAUCCUUUCAUACUUUACGACUGUGUGACAAAACAGGGUGGUCCUAUGCUCUAGAGAAACCAAACACUGGCAGCCUAUUUAAUAUUGCUUGGUCUACUGAUGGCACACAAUUGGCUGGUGCUUGUGGAAAUGGACAUGUGAUUUUUGCCCAUGUUGUAGAGCAGCGGUGGGUGUGGAAAAACUUUGGAAUAACAUUGACUAAAAGAAGAACCAUGGAGGUUCGUAAUGUACUUAACGAUGCUGUGGAUUUACUGGAAUUUCGUGACAGAGUAAUUAAGGCCACUCUGAACUAUGGGCAUUUAGUAGUUUCAACAUCUCUUCAGUGUUACAUAUUCUCAAUUAAAAACUGGAAUACACCAUUAAUUUUUGACCUCAAAGAAGGAACUGUAGGUUUAAUCUUGCAAGCAGAAAGGCAUUUUCUUCUUGUAGAUGGUGGGGGAAUCUAUUUAUAUUCAUAUGAAGGCCGUUUAAUUUCCUCUCCUAAGUUUCCAGGAAUGAGAACAGAUAUACUGAAUGCUCAAGCCAUAUCUUUGAGCAAUGAUACUUUAGCAGUAAGAGAUAAAUCUGAUGAAAAAGUAAUUUACCUCUUUGACCCCUUAUCUGGCAAACCACUAGGAGAUGGAAAACCACUUAGUCAUAAGACCGAAAUCAUGGAAAUUGCCUUAGACCAGAAGGGUCUUACAAAUGAAAGAAAAAUUGCAUUUAUUGACAAAAACAGAGAUCUCUAUAUAACUUCUGUGAAGAGAUUUGGGAAAGAACAAAAAGUUAUAAAAAUAGGAACAAUGGUACAUACUUUGGCAUGGAAUGACAUGUGUAACAUACUUUGUGGACUUCAAGACACUCGUUUUACAGUCUGGUACUAUCCCAGUGUAGUAUAUGUUGACAAGGAGCUCUUGCCGAAAACCUUAUAUGAAAAGGAUGCAAGUGAAUUUAGUAAGAAUCCCCAAAUUGUGAGUUUUGUUGGAAGUCAAGUAACAGUCAGGAGAGCUGAUGGCUCACUUGUUCACAUCAAUAUUUCACCUUAUCCAGCUAUACUCCAUGAAUAUGUGAACAAUUCAAAAUGGGAAGAUGCCAUAAGACUGUGUCGUUUUGUUAAGGAUCAAACAUUGUGGGCAUGUUUAGCUGCUAUGGCUAUAGCCAAUAAGGAUAUGAAUACAGCAGAAGUAGCCUAUGCAUCCGUUGGUGAACUAGACAAAGUUCAGUACAUCAGUUCCAUCAAAGAUCUUCCAUCCAAAGAAUCAAGAUUGGCUCAUAUUCUGCUUUUCAGUGGCAAUAUACAAGAUGCUGAAACGCUUCUUCUUCAAACUGGCCUUAUUUAUCAAGCAAUUCAAGUCAAUAUUGACCUUUACAACUGGGAAAGGGCACUAGAACUUGCUGUGAAACACAAGACACACGUUGACACAGUUCUGGCUUACCGACAAAAGUUCUUGGAUGACUUUGGCAAAAAAGAAACGAAUCAGCGAUUUUUGCAGUAUGCAGAAGGGCUUGAAGUCAACUGGGAUAAAAUCAAAGCCAAAAUAGAGUUGGAAAUUGUGAAAGAGAGAGAACGAGCUGCAGCUACUCCAGCAGUCAGAGGAAGCGUAACCAUACAGCGCUAAGUGCCAUGCUGAUUGUAUUAACUAGUGGUUUUAGCACUGCUACUUCAGCAUACUGGUAAGCCUUGGUAUGUGUGUCUGAGUAUUGUGAGAUGGACAGUUAUGCUUGACUCUGGACUCCUGCAGCUUCUGUAGUGCUUGUUUAUUAUUGAUAGAAAGGAAUGUAUAUCUGUGUAAUCCUGUUAUGAACUACAACUGUUUUUGCUUGUAGUGCUCAUGUGAGAAGUCUGAAGUUCUUGAACUUAUUUGAAGCAGAUAUUACCAAGAUUAGUUUUUCUGGAGAAGGCUGUCUUUCUUGGUAGUACAGUGAGGACCCAUGGAAUCUAUCAACAAAAAUAACUGGUCAACUGUUUAGUUUCCCAAUAGACAAGUAGGCAAUUUCUUUUAAAAGCAGACCACUGGUUUUAAAAAUUUCUACAUGUAAUAUAAGGAAGGGUUUCUUUGUGUACAGUUAUAUGGAUCUGAAAUGUAAGCACAGUUUCAGAAGUGAGGUAGCAUUUUACCAUAUGUACAGACUGGAAACCCCUUAAUAAAAAAUAUUGUCAAAGAAUGUAAUAGAAAUUCUUGUUCCUUUUAAAAAUUCUUUUCAGAUUGCAGCUUUAAUGACAAAGCUUGCCAUUUUUUCCAUCUGUUACAAAACAAAACUUGUUAAUAUUGGCAACAUACAAAAUAGGUGAAGUAAUGGGUAAUAUUUUGCACUGACUUCUAUUGAAGUGUGCUUGAGCUGUGCUAUAAAUGGUUUUCAUACAUCAACAAAAGUGAACUAAACUAGAGAUACAGCUUUUUAAAACUGUUUUUCUGUGAGUUUAACAUUGAAUCUGUUUCAGAAUCUAUUAUAUACUAUCUAGCUUGAAAUAGCAACUAGAUUUCCUAAAAAUAUGUGAUGUCUGGCAAUAAACCUUUCUAGAGAAAAUGUGCAUAUCCAGCCACUUAAAAGUAUUUCUGAUGACAAGCUGGCCCAUUUGCUUAUUUAUAUAAAAUAUAUGCUCUUUUCUUGCUACAGCAUCAUUACUUGAUCAAAGUAUCCCCCAUUGUAAUUCAUUUCAAGAAUAUAACAUUAAUAUCCUGGUUGAUGAAUAAGCCAAAAAAUCAUAUGUUGUGGUGGUAUUGGUAAUAAAAUAGUUUUAUACAAUAUGUGUAUUUUAAUAUAAAUUAUUCUUGGAAUCAGUAAUCAUUUUAUGUCUGAUGUAUACAUAAUGUAAAAUAUAUGCCUUUAUUAAUAAAUAUUUCAAAUAUU